GAUUACAGACGUUAUAGUGGUGGACGAGGCGCUCACAUAAACUUAAAGCGGGCUGAACAAGCUCGAAAUAAAGUGACUAAAAUUCCAAUCGUGGUUAACACUUUGAUAAACAAGACGCUAGCUUGGGAAGAUGAGAAACAGAAGUUGUUUCUUUACGAUGGGGUGAGAUUGGUGUCGAUAUUGGAGGAUUACAAAGUGGUUAGACGGCAGAAAGAAGAGUCGAAGAAACGAGCUCGGAAUCAGAAGAAACUCCACGAUAUGCUGCUGUCAGAUAAGGAAUCUGUAUACGGUUCCAAACCUAGCCCGAGAAGAAGCAACAGCUUUAGUAAGACAAAUGGUUACCGUGACAAUGGACAUGGAUCUGUGACACCCUCGCCACGCAGGAACUCAACGACUUGUGCAACUCCAGAGCUGUUAAGUACACCCCGUUCCAACUCUGCCCGGCAGAAUGGUUAUUUCAAGGAAAUGCGAAGGCUCUCUACCGUCCCUCUCAACUUUAUCGGUAUGGCUAAAGAAGAUACCGUGUCAUUCUCUUCUAUUUCCGGUUCUGAGUCAGAAUCUCUACCUCAAGGCUGAACUCAUAAAUUUGAUAUAGGUGAUAAUCGUUUAUUCAUCCAUAUAACAUUCUGAAGGAAUACACCUACGGAACUUGUGAAUGCUGAAGCGAAUGUACAUUAACAGUAAUGCUGUGAAUGUGUUGGGCAAUUCUGGAGCAAUGCGUUGAGCUUUUCGAGGACCUCCUUGUGCAUGUUGAUGGUUCACGACAACAACAGGUACCGGGAGAUAGCUGACCGAUAUGUAAUUGUGAGAGAUUUUGUGUUUUAUCGCGUACCUGUACAUACAUUUGCAAUAUAAUUUCCACCAUAUUUUCUUUGGAAGCUAGAUCCUAAGAUGAGUUUGUUUCAUGUAUUAGUCACAUUAAUCUCGUCGUGUUUGUUGUCUUUUGGAAACAACCUUUCUACCUCUACGAGCAGUGGCGGAUGUACAUGCAUUCCAGGGGGUUCGUUCAUCCGAACCCCCUUCGUCGGAAAAUUAUACUAUUUUUACAUAGUAAAUUUUUUUUUUAUGUAUCAAUAGUAGAGGCUGAACCCCUUCGACUAGUCUGUAUAUGUACUACUGAACCCCCUCACUGAAAAUCCUGGAUCCGCCCCUGUCUACGAGUGGAAUUUCACUGAGUAUGUUGUUGUUGUAAUCUUUUUUUGUUUGUUUGCGGCGAAAAAUAAAUAUAUAUUGUAGCAAAAUGAUAUAAAAUAACACCUUACCAUCCAUGGCUAUUUGAAGCCUUUUUUCCUUA